UCUAUGAAUACAAUGUUUUUUCAGAUCCUGUAGAUAAACCUAGGCAGUGUCUUCCAUAUGCAGUAGUAACAGUAAAAUUUAUUGGUCAAAAACUAGGUAAUGGACACCACCUUAUGACAUCUUUGAGAUUCCUCUCAACAGGAUUUCCUAAGAGGGCUGAAAGAACAUGCUCUCUGAAUAACUGUACCGUUGCCAAAAGAAUUGGAAAAGGAAAAGAUGCUACUAUCAUCUUUGAGCAUUUCAGAAAACCUAUUGAUGCCUUUGUUCAGGAAAAGUGUUCAUGCAGUGUGCUAAAUUCUGAGAUAAAUUCUUCCAACUCAAAUAUUUCUAGUUCCUAUGAAGAUGUGCAAAAUGGAAACAUUUCUGUACUUGAAACAUACAAUGGACAGAUGAAGCACAAUUUAACAGAAUGUAGAGACACUUCUGAAGUACAUGCAUAUGAUUCAGGUCUUUCAUUUAUUCCCAGUGAUACCAGAGAAAGUGUUAAUGGUGACCUCUUGUUAAAUUUGACACAUCUUAAAAAUGUUUUAAGUGGUCUUCCUGCUGCUUUCCCUCUUCAUAACAAUAUUGGCUCAAGCACAGUUAUUACUUCAAAACUCAUCAAAGACCCAAGACUUGCGAGGAGAGAAGAAAGCAUGGAAAAACAUAGUAACAUUACAGGUUUAAAUAAGAGUUUGCCAUUUAAGAAGAGUUUAGAUUUUGUUAAUUCAGAAAUAAACCUGUCUGUGCCAACUAGUUCUGCCUCCUCAUCAGAAGUCAUGCCUGGAGAUGAUGCUAGUCUUCGUAAUUGUUUGGAUGCUCCUUGCUUCAAAAUUUCUUUUGAUGGUUCACAAUCUCAGGCUCACAGCAUGGGCUCUAAGAACUGUGAUUAUACAACUCCCAAUAAAACUAGCAUGGCACAGUGUCAGGACCAAGACAAUUGUUCCUUCCCAACAUGUUUGUCAAAUGUAGUUUCAAAAGUUGAAAACCAAAAACAAAGUGAAGAAAAAGCCCAGAGAUCCCAACAGAGAAGUAACAUCCCACUUUUAAUCAAACAAAAUAGUGAACUACAUAACUCUCUUGAAUCAGUGAGUACUCGUACAAAAGGGCAUAACAGUCACAUCUCUCAGGAAUCACAGUCUUCUACCUUAAAAACUAUAUGUCAGACUGGUCGCAAAACAUCUGCAGAUUUUCCAUUCCAGAGGAAAGAAAGCAUACAUAAGUAUAUUCAAAAUACUGGAAAGUUGAGAAACUUCACUGGCCUAAAAGACAAUUCCAAACAUUUAGAAAAGAAAAAUUUGUGGAAAGAAAUUGAUAAUUAUUGUAGUAAUGAAACAAAAAUUAGUCCAAUAGAUAAUUGCAUUACUUUGCACCAAGAAUACAAAGAGGAUGGGAGUCUUGAUUCUUUUGGAAAAAAUCGUGAUCAAAUAUUAAUCACUCAAGAGUUACAAAUACCAAAAUCUUCCACAAAGAAUAAAUAUAAGCUAGGUUAUCUACCAUUGGAAUUACAAAAUAAUAUUACUCCAAGAGUGCAAAGCCUUUCACAAAAGCAUCCUCAACACUGUUUGGACAAUGAAGACAACGGUCAUACCGGUUUUGCCAUUUCUCAAAAAUUAAUGGAACUGAAAUUGGAAAAAACAAAUCAGAACUGUAUUAGCAUUAUAACUGAUGCUUUCCAGGAAGCAAAAGACAUUCCUCAGGCCAAAGAACUGCCAAUGGAUACAGUUACUUCAUCUCAUGACAUUAAAACAGCUCAUAACAAUUCAAAUUGCAGCAUAGCUAGAGAACGUACAUGUGUCCAUAGGAAAAAUGAAAGUGAUCCAGUGUCAUUAGAAAACAUUCAAAGAGACCAUAAAAAAACUUCCCAAAUGGACGAUAAAGGUCCAGAUUAUACUCUGUUCUGUAAUGCACAGCUGAAUAAUGACAUACACCUGAAUGUUGAUUUCAAAGAACAAAGAGCUAAUGAUAAAAAAAAACAAACUGAGGCUAAAGAGGAAAACAUUGCUUCAUCUACAGAAAACAACAUAGAAGAUGUAUGUGGACAUGAGAAGCAGGAUUUUCAUACAAACAAUUUUAUUAAUAUAGAUGAAAGGCAGGAGAAUAAAAAUUACAAUAAUGUAGAAAUUCUGGGUUCUGAAGGAUUGUCUACAUUUUAUUUGACUUGGGGGGAAAAAUAUGUAUCAACAGAAACUUCAUUAUUGGAAACUGAAGAUACUAUCACUGCCGUAAAACAAAAAGAUACACAAAAUACCGUGAGGAGUGUAGAGCAUUUGACUACCAUAUGUCCCAAAAUCUCAAUGUGUGUACCCUCAAAUGCUGCAAUACAGAAAGACAGUGCUACGGUGUCCACAUUAGACACAAGUCAUGAAGAUCACCAAAGAUACAAGUUUAAAGAAACUUGUUCUGAGAGUCCAUAUUUGGGGUUGUUAGUAAAGCAUAGAGCUUCUGAUUGUGAGGUGGGUAUGGAUAAAGACACUUUACAAAACUCCUUUCAUCAGUCAAUACGUGACAACUUAGUUCUUCAAAGUUUUGAAUUGGAAAAUGAAAUUGAAGUAGAAUCAGAACAGUGUGAUGAUGCUUUUCUAUAUCAACAAGAUACUCAUAGCCAUGGAAGCAUACUGUGUGAAGAAUUUGGGGCCUCAUAUGAAGCUCUGAAGUCUCGUAUCGAUUGGGAAUAUCUAUUAGGAAGCAAUAACAGGGAGAAUGAAAUUUUGAAAAGCACCACAAGAAAAGAGCCUACUAAUCAGCGUUACUCUGAUUCUUCCUCUGCACAAGAAGACGAAGCAGAGCUCUUGAACCCAAUUUUACUUCCAGAUCUACAAGUUACAGUUGCUAAUAUACUUAGGCCAGGAUUCAGUUCCACUGUUGAGUCCCUUGCAUUGAAAGAUAAGUUUUGCAAAUAUAUAACUGAAGCCACAAAACCAGAAAUAAGUGAGGAGGAGGGGAAAGUUCCAGGAUUUGAAAUUUAUUCCCGGUUUUCUGGUGAAAAUUCAGAUUACCUAUGUGAGGAUGAAUUUGGUAAUUUAAGCCAAGAAUCAGGACUAGUGAGUAAAUCUGAAAUCUCACUUUCUUUUGACUUAAGUCAUAAUACACACAUGAAUCACACGCCUGAAGAACAAAACAGUGGGCCUUUGCCCACUGAACUUUGGAAUGUCACAGCAGUAAAUAACAAAAGCAGGUGUUUCCUUACAAAGUCAAACACUAACUGUAAUGACACUGGAAGUGACAUGGAUACAGAAUCGAGAAUUAGCAAAAGAAAGCCACAUACGCCUUUUAGGGGCCAGAAUGAACCACGUCAUGAAAUGUGUGAGAAAAAGAGGAAGCUAGCCAAUCCAGACUCAUCUGAACGUUUUUCUUCGUUAUCCAAAGGACGAAUUAAAACAUUUUCACAGUCAGAAAAGCAUAUUAGGAGUGUCCUGGAUAUUCUAAAUAGUGAAGUAUCUUUAUGCAAAAGCAAAUGCCUUUCCAAAAAACUUGACAGAGCUCUUCUUUACUUAAAAAAAGCUCAUAGACGAGUUAACACAUCUUUGGAGCUUAUAGCUAAAGUGGGAGAAACUUCAAGAAAGGGCCCGUUACCAAAGUCAUAUGCAAUAAUAUGCAAUAAUUUUUGGGAAAUUUGUGACCUUCAGGGUUAUAGUUCUUUUUCUGAAAGAAGAUAUUAUUCCACUAAGCAUUUUUUUCCAAAAAGAAAAUGUGACAAACCAGGAGAGAAAAAAGCUUUGGGAUUUGAAGAUGAUAAAUCAUUAACUCACGUAUCGAAGUACCAGUCUUAUAGAACAAGUGGAGAGAGGAUCACAAAGUGCUUUUCUAAGAAAAAUAUGGCCAACAGUGUCUCCAGAAGUCACACCACUAUUCAUGUGAGAGAAUUUUGUGAUCAGGAAUAUCCUGAAUCACAGUUAACUCUGUGUUCCACAUCCCAAAGUACAAGUCAGUCAGCUUAUGACAAUACCUGUAUAAGAAAUCCAAGAUCAUCAGAACCUCAACCCUUUUCUGGAAAAAUGGGGUGUCUGUUUUCCCCAGACUGCCCAGAUGAAAAAGUAACUAAAAAAGAAAAUCAGAUUGACAUAAAGUCUUCAUCUAACAUUAAUAAAUAUGAAACACCUGAGAAUCAUAUAGCACACACAGAUGCAAUAAAAGGAAGUGCUGAGGCUAAUGAAGUAAUAGAUAAAACUAAUUCAGUAUCUUUACGUUGCAUAAAAGAAAACAACGUAAGUUUUAGCGCAGACCAAAAUUAUGAUGCAGCUUGUAUAGCUCACACAAAGGUGAAAACUGACAUAGUUAUUUCAGUCUUAGAAUCAAAUGUCAAGCACUUUUUGAAUGUUGAUAAGUACAAACCAGAUAACCUUACUUUAUCUGGUUACAAAAGAAACCUGGAAGUAAAUUUAUUAGAAAAAUGGACAUCUCCUACUGAGAGUUCCAAACCAGACACUAUUACAGGAAACAUCCUUAGGGACCCAUUAAAUCAAACUCUAACAAUAAGCCAAAAAUGUAAUAGUAUUCCUCAAUUGUUACCAACUGUUCCUGGGACACACACCGAGGAAGAAUCUUCAGAACCUUGUUUGGAUAAACAGAGAACUUUUGCUGUCGGUUCUUUUGCAGCACCCACCAAUGUACCACACUAUCAGCAAGGACAUGGCGGAAAGGAGCUUCUGAAGACAGAACAAUGCUCUUCAAGUAGUUGUGUCCAUAUAGACAGGAAUGAAACAAACAUUACUGAGAAUUCUGAGUCGGAUCUUAUACCAGUAACUGAAGAAAGUAAAAGUUAUGGGGAAAAUACAAUGAAGAGACCUUUUUCCAGUGAUAGUUCUCAGCUCUUAAAAGAUGUUAUAAAGGGUUCCUCCAAAAGAUAUGUUUCAGAGAAAGACAUUCUGGACAGAAAAAUGUGGAAAGUGAAACAAACUGAAAAAGCAAAAGAUUCAGUUCAUACAAAAAGCAUGAGUAAAGGAUCAACUGUUAUGAAUGAAUACAGAAAUAAAAAGAAUAAGAUUUUAGGAAAAUCCUAUUUAAGUGAGAAAACAAUUAAAAAUAACCGGAUUGAUUCUCAUCUAAGCGUUAAAAAUACUAAGGCAAUUCCUUUGAAUAACACAGUUUCUAAUCAGCUUAACAAAAGAGAAAAGGAGGUGAUUAAAGUUAGUAAUGAAUCUCAGUUUGACUCCACCUUGCAACCAGACAUUUCAGGAGUGAAUCCUGUAUCUGUUUUACAUGUUUGCUCUGAAACCUCCAAAGUCACUACUCCUCAGAAGAACCUUACAUCAUACAUGAAUAAAUUAAAAGAAAAACAUUGCUCAGCUAAUCAUUCAGAUGUCACAGCUAGGCUAGCUCAGAUUUUGAGGAGGGCAGAUGAGACAUCAUCUUUGCAGAGUCUACAGGAAGAAACUAAGAUUUGUCAAAAUAUUCUCCCUUUAUUUGUUGAAGCUUUUGAAAGAAAGCAAGAAUGUUCAUUUGAGCAAAUCUUGAUUUCAAGAGGACUGUUGGUAGAAAAAAACCUGUGGAAUAAUUGCAAACACAAAUUAAAACCAUGUGCUGUUGACUCCUUGGUAGAACUCCAAAUGGUGAUGGAAACUAUUCAAUUCAUUGAAAACAAAAAAAGCCUCUUAGGAGGUGAACCGACAUUCCGAAGCUUGCUUUGGUAUGAUGAGACAUUGUACAGUGAGCUGCUUGGCAGGCCACGCGGAUUUCAACAACAAUCCAAUUUCUAUCCUGCUUUUCAAGGAAGGCUAAAAUACAAUGCAUUCUGUGAGUUGCAGAACUAUCAUGAUCAAUUAAUUGACUUAUUAGAAAACACCAAAAAGGAAAAUUCAUACUAUGCAUUCUUGAAAUGCAAACGACAGAUUAAUGAGUGUGAAGCAAUAUUAAGGCGUUGUUCUGAUUGCUUUGACUUUUCUCUUUCUGUUCCAUUUACCUGUGGAGUUAACUUCGGAGAUAGCUUAGUAGAACUAGAAACCUUAAGAAAAAGUACGUUAGAGCUGAUCUGUAUGUACGAGAGUUCUCCUAAAGUUGAUUAUCAAUUUGGAAAACAGGACCAUUUGUGGAUUAUCGUUGAAAUGAUCACCUCAAAAGUUAAUUUUAUCAAGAGCAAUGAGGCAGUAGGUAUUAAUAUAUCUCUUUAUGGCCUGGAACAUAUCUUUUUUGAUGCUGCAAAGAGUCUUGUUUGGAAAGAGAAGAAACAAUCUUUCAACAAAAAAUACUCAGGACAGAAGAAUAAAGAAACACUACUCAAGAUGAAUCAAUCUUCUUUUUCUAAAUUGCAAAAGAUAUAUGAUACAUUGUCUAAAAAUUUAAGCAGUGAACAAAUUUCUAAUAUUGGGCAUGAGGAGAAUACUAUGAUGGCUUCCAGAAAGUCAGAUGAUCUAAUCAACAAAGCAACAGUUAGCAUAGAAAACUGUAGAUUUACCAGUACUUUGCUUUCACACCCAGAUAUCAGUGGUAUUAGUGAAAUACUGGAUCAAGCUGAAUUUGCAGACUUUAAAAAAUUACAGGAACUCACUUUGAGAUGUACUGAUCACUUAGCAAUUUUAAAAAGGUACUUUCAGAUGCUGCAAGAGGAUAACAGAGAAAAUGUUUUUAUCACAGAAGAAAACGUUUUGGACGUGGUUGGAAACCACAACCAUGAGGCUAUAAUUUUAAAACCUGCAGCCACUGAAACCUAUAUUGAAAUAGCCAUGCUCUCAGAAACACUUCACUUUCUUAAAAACUCAAUGGCAAAGAAACUAGAUAAACAAAGGUUUCGAGGGAUGCUUUGGUUUGAUUUGUCACUUCUUCCCGAGUUGAUUCACUGCCAAGAAAAAAUGGCUUCUUUUUCAUUUCUUAAAGAUAACUCAACAGAUUGCCUUUGGAAAGUGAUAGAAACUGCUAUUUCUGAACUUAAGAAAGAUCUAGAUGUUAUCUACAAACAUAACGAAGCUGCUAAUUGCUCUUAUGCUCUUCAUUUGUUCUCAAGAGAACUUCAAGAACUUUCAGAAAUUAAAAAACUUCUAAAGAAGUCUGAGUAUUCUGCUUCCACAUAUAUUGACUUCAUGCCAUGUAUAGCAUCCAUAAAUUAUGGGAGCACUGUGACAGAGUUAGAAUACAACUACAAUCAGUUUUCUACAUUGCUCAAAAAUAUAUUGGUUGCCCCGCGGAAAGAUUUAGGGAAAAUGGCCCAUAUUGUGAAAGUCAUGAAAACUAUUGAACAUAUGAAGAUAAUAUGUACUAAGAAUGCCAAAUUUACCAUUUCCUUCAUCCUGUGGCAAAUGCUGCAUAAUAGAGAGAAGACUUCCCAACUGAAGAGAAAAGAAAAAAUGAAUGUUCAUGUAAAACCUAAGAAAAAUAUCAAUAAAUCCAGUACUUGUAGGAAGGUGCCCUCAAUUUCAGAGAGCAGAAUGAAAAAUGUUUCAGAUUCUUCCAGAAAACGACCUAUCACUGUAGACAACUAUCAAGACUCUCAGGAACAAAAGAAAAAUACGACUGUUUCCAGCUGUAAAAAACAAAAGGUUAACAUGAAAGAUGUCACAAAAAUCAACAAAGAAAAGACAACGUUAAAGCAUGCAAGGACCACAAGAUCUCAUCCCAAAAGUGAAAGUGAAAUAGGACCAAGUUCAUCUAACAACCAGCAGAGAAGCUUUGGAUCUCCAAAAAAGGUUGAAAUGCAAAGAUCACUACCUGGCUCACCUUUACCUUUAAAGAACUUAAAAGACACUUGCACGUUGAAGUCGGCGGAAAAAAUAGAUUUAACUAAAGUUUCAUCUGAUGCUUCAGAGAAUUUCUCUGGACAACAGGGAAAUGUAAAUAGCAUGAAGAAGAGAGAUGUGAAUUUUAGUGCUGCUGAAGCAAAAAGGGAUAAGAAAGAUUAUUAUUUUGUAAUUUUUGACCAAAAAAGUAUAGAUGGCACCUUUUCAGAAGACCAUGAAACACCUUCACAGAAAUUUCUUAACAAUUCCCUAGAUCCCUCAGACAUAAAACCAGGAACUGAUGCUUCUCUUCUGCCUGCUGCAUCAGUGCCCUCAAAGCCUAUUUUCUGUUUUGUGAGGGAUAUCCAUGCCAAUUUAGAAAUGAAUGACACUGUCAUUGAACUUCAAGAUAAUGAAAUAUUAAAUUCAUCUAUUAAAAAUUCUACAGGCACUAAUUCUCCAGAACCCAUAUUUGUCCAAAACAAAAUACCUGUUCCACAAAUAAAUGAAACACAACCUGCAAAAGCUGAGUCAAAAGAAAAAUAUAUGAAAGACACAUCGAAGCCCAGCACAGUGCCUGUUGAAGCAUCUGAGAACAUAGCCCUUAAUGUCAGUCAAGCAGCAGAACAACAGAGUAAUGAAGAUUCAAAGGCCCUAACUCAGAAUGCUGCCACAUAUGAGCACGAGCCUCCACAAUACGGAUGUACCCCAAUAUAUAAUGCUUCUGAACACUCAUUUGGAACUUUAUAUCCUUCCUAUACUUGGUGUGUUUAUCAUUACAGCAGCAACAAUGGCAGUGCCAUUACCCAGACAUACCAGGGCAUAGCAUCGCUUGAAGUACAGCCACUUGCUCCUGAGAUGUUGACUGCAGUUCCAAGUACUGUGCAAAAUACACAUUCUGAUCUUUUGUAUUCUCAGUACUUUGAUAACUUUGCUGGGGGGCCACAAACAUAUGACUUUAUGCCAGAAAAUGGGUAUUUUCCAUCUCAAAUACCUGUUUCUUACAAUGUCCGGCAGCCAGCUUUUUCACAGUAUGCGUCCUAUCAACCAUUACCACAAGCUGCAUACCCUUACCCUCCUGACUCAGGUGUGCUUUCACAAGUUCCCUGGACUUACGUUUCAUGGCAACAUCAAGAACUCUUUCAGCAAGGACGUUGAAACAGUCUUCUGUCCACUGAAAUAAAGGAGAUUUACAAGUUUUUCCAAGUGUAUUUUACUUAUAUACUUUUAUGUUAACACUUUAAAUAUAU